GAGAGAGAGAGAGAGUGUAGUGAGACAGAGUGCUUUCCCAGAGGAGUUCAGGCACAGAAGGAGCUUACUGCUACAGAGAGGCAGUGGGAGGAAGACAGGGAAUGAGACAGUGAACACUGAUCACUGCCGCAAACGUAGGGACAGUCCUGUGGUACGGAGGUACCACGGUCUGGAAAGGGACAAAGAAGAAAGGACAAAAGGAAAGGGAAAGACAGAUGAGCGCAAGACAUUAAGAGGGUACAAGAGACACUAAAGAGACAACUUGACAAAAGUAAGACUCCAUCACAUGCACACUUCAGAAAAGAACAUCCACACACUGUAACAGGGGCAUGAGAUAAAAGAAGAUCACAACUGCAAGACUCUUAAAAACUCUUACCAAAAGGAAUAGGACAGUUGGAUUAUAAAAACAUGAAAGAUGCAAAAUAAUUCUUUAAUACUCCUCAAUACAUAAGACGAAAUAAGAGACGAAAGAGAAGCAGGCAAGAAACUAAAAGGGACAGAAAGAAAAGCAGCAGGAGGAGAAAGAAGAAGAAGAAGAAGCACACAGAGAAGAAAAGAGGGACAAGCGAACGUGGGACCCAGACCAACCCUGGAGUAUCUAACCAGUGCUCUGCUCAGCCCAGCAGGGAAGAUGUCCAAGUCCUCCCCACGCCUGGGUCGACCCGGAUCAGCAGGGUCUAAGAGCCCUAGCUCGAGAAAGGAUCUGCAGAGUAAUCGCUCAUGCAUGCUGCGGAUUGGCGAAAGGCUGAUGAGGGCAGGCAGUGAGGGAAACCUGGUCCAGAGACCCAUACCAGCCCAGAGCCAGGCGUCCUCCGAUGGAUUAGUACACGGGUCAAAUGGACAGACACAACCUGCAGCCCUGGAGGACAAACCCCAUGAGCAGACAGGAAAUAGUUCCAGCAAAGAUCCUGGAGGCUCCCAAUCCAGGGUACCCUCUUGUUUUCCUACGGCUGUGGACAGCAGCGCUGAGCGUCUGCUGCACAAGAAACCGCUCUGUAACCAGGACUUCUCGUCCUGUGGUUCAGCUCCACGCUCUCCCAGCACCUUGCCUCGGAGCUACUUCACCGCUGCCCACGCCGGCUGCAGGGACAAACAGCUGGACAGCCUCAUGAUGCAGCACUCGGACGUGGAGAGGAAGAAGGAGGUGUUCCUGGACCACCUGAGGCAGAAGUACCCUCACCAUGCUGCCAUUAUCAUGGGACACCAGGACCGCAUGAGGGAACAGGCGAGGAGCGCCCCCUGUGCAGGUGUACUGGGCAGGGCCGAGCAGCAGGACCCUCUUGCUUCAGAGACCAUGUCUGAGGGAGAGGUGCUGCCCCCCACAGUCCCGUUUACAAGGGGCUGUAAAGCCAGAGCCAGUCUACCUGUGGGCCGGUCAAGUGGUCAGACAAGAGAGAGGCUGCCUGGUGUGUUGUACCUGCAGUAUGGGGAGGAGACUAAGCAGGUCAGGAUUCCCGCUGAGAUCAGCAGUCCUGAGGCUCUGCGUGCCCUGUUUGUCACCGCUUUCCCCCACCAGCUGACCAUGAAGAUGCUCCAGUCUCCCAACAUGGCCAUCUACAUAAAAGACACCAGCCGCAACGUCUACUACGACCUGGAGGACAUCAGGUGGGGGGGCCUUUUAGUGGAGCUGCAGAGCGUGCUGCACAUUGCACUUGAUUUAAAUGGGACAGAUCUGGCCAGAUUACACAGUUUUCCUGAGCAGCAGGUGUGUAGAAGGAUACCGGAGUCACCAGGGAAGGGACGGCAUAAUGUUGAUGAUGUUGCCAUCUCUGAAGACAUCUGGGAGAUAUUUACUGUUCCAGCAUGUCAAAACCAGAUGAUGCAGGACCGAGGCAAGAAUAUCACCGCCUGCCUUCUCUCCAAAGAGGUUUUGUACGGCAGUCACAGUCCAGUCCACGCCCUGUCGUCUUCCAGCCGCGGCACCUUGCACAGCCUGCAGGGCUCCAUGUCCCCACCCAUGGUCCGCUCCAUGCCCUCGUCUCCCUCCAGGAUGGCGUACGGUGGAGGGAGCACAGGGGGGAGGGCAGCGAUCGGGGGUCCAGGCAGCACCACGUUACCACGGGAUCGCCUGUCAGCGGCCGGGCGAUCCAGCUCCAUCUGCAGCAACAGCAGCAGCGCCAUACUGGAGAGAAAAGAUGUCAAGCCUGAUGACGCUGCCAACAGUAAGAGCAUGGCCCUGGUGGUGCGCGGCGAAGGCGGACCACAUUACCCAGACUCCUACUGCUCCUCCAUGCAGGACGGAGGAGGAGGUCGCCUCAGCAUGGCCUCCUCCCAGUGCAGCGCUCCACCCUCUCUCACCGCUGACAUGGUGGACGCCGGGGUCACGGGGAUCCCCGGAGGACUGCAGCAGUACCGGGCCUCCAUUAAACCCCUGAUGGGCUACGGAGAGAGCAUGGAGCACCAGACCCGCUCCCUCCACAGGCAGAAGAGCAGGACGUAUGGAGAGAGCCAGCUUCCUCCACUAGGAACUAAAACCCCGCCCCCUUCCCCUCACAGAGUCAACGAAGUCAGGAUGAUAGACGGGCAGAUCAUUGGAGGGGUCGGCCUGGUUUCUGCAGAGAGGAUGUCGCCAAUCCGCCGGUCCCUGCGCCGGGACAGUAACGGAGCCCCAGUGGAGAUUGUAAACAGAAGCAGAGGAAGUGGCUCGUCGUCCUCGGCCUCCUCUGUUUUUUUGGACAGCCCUUUGGGACAACCUGAGAGACAGUUUCCGGUUCAUGUGACCACCAGCAACGCCCAGAGUGAGAGAAUGAAAGCCAUGGAGCAGCAGAUAGCCAGUCUAGCAGGUCUGGUGCACACUGCUCUGUCUAUGGGACCGGACAUUCCUGGAGUCAAGGACACUGUCAGUGAGAAUGCUGAACGCAAACUUCUCAGCAAAAGACCUGGAGUGUCAUUUGAGCCUGCCAGCUACAGCCCCGUCCCUCUGGCUCUCCAGGCCCCCCCCUCUGACAGCGGACUGCAGCAGAGCUUGGUGUUAGCAAAGAGAAAUGUGUGUGAGCUGCGACUGCAACUCAACCAGCUCAGGCACUUACAGCUGUCAAACCAGGAGAGCGUGGGUUCGAUGCUGCGGAUGGCGGGUCAGGAGCUGGUGGUGCUGAUGUACGACCGGCUGGCCCAGUCCGAGGAGGCAGCGUACAGACGCAGAGCUGAGAUGGAGGAGGAGAGGAUCCACUACCUGGCUGCAGAGGAGACUAUACUCACACAGCUCCAUGAACUGGAGGACUAUGUGGACCAUUUGCAACAUAGCUCCGGCUCCAGUCCCGACCAGCUGUCAGUCACUCUGAGAGACGUGGAGGAGGGAGCAGUCAACCUGCGCAGGAUUGGAGAAGCUCUGGCCAUCCUUAAAGGUGAGUAUCCAGAGCUGCAGGGGAAGAUGCGCUCCGUGCUGAGGCUGGAGGUGGAAGCCGUGCGUUUCCUGAAGGAGGAGCCUCAUAAGAUGGACUCCAUGCUGAAGAGGGUCAAAGACCUGACUGAAGGCCUCAGUCGUCUCCGCAGGUAUGUGUCAGAGUCAGCCACCCAAGCCAGACCAGCCCACGUGGAGCCUGUAAAGACUGACCCGGGCCCCUUGAGGACCCAGAGCCCCCAGAGUUCCCCCAAACCCCAGCCUCGAUCCUCGGUCAGACCUCCUCUGCCCAGCCCCUCCCUCUCUGGCAGUCAGGCGGGCUCAGCCUCCCCCAUCAUGGCCCGCAGAAUGAACACAGCAGCACCCGCAGUGAUCCAGCCCUCCCAGCACCACCCCAGCCCCCCACUGACACCCACUCAUGGACGAGACUCACCCACUGUGGCUAAGGUGAGUCCUCGCAGCAGAGAGGGCAGCCCCGCCCUGCAGAGGAGACCGGGGCCUCUGCAGUCACCAACACAGGAGAGCCCCGCGGACCGGACCACCAUGAAACACUCACAGAACCACACUGGGGCUGCAGAGAGACAAACUCCAGUGGGACGUCUGAGUGUACAGCCUGGCAGUACGAACCACUCUAGCACCAGCCAGGCCAAGCAGUCAGCCAGCUGUGACACCAGUCAGCCUCCACCCACCAACACCAACACAGACUGUGACCAGGUCCUCCAGGAAGCCCUGCCAAGCCUGAUUAAGUCCAUCCCUGAUCUAAAUGUGUCCGAUGCCAGAAAGGGUUGCUCUGAUUCGGCCUCAGGACAGAUCACCUCCACUGCAUCGGAGUCAGAGCAGGACAUGGCCCUGGACCCGACACUGCAAGCCUCCGUGGAGCAGCAGGCACUUCUGUCUGAUUCCAAGGAAGACACAGCUCCGCAACUGACGGAUGAGGUGGACUCCACCCAGUUACAGCCCCCAGGCACAGCUCCAGCAACAGCCUCACAGCUUCCUGCAGCCGCUGUGAAGCCUCCUCCUUCAGCUCCUGUAUCAGCUUUUCCAUCAUCUGCUACCUUAGCUCCUCCAUCAGCUGCUCCAUCAGCUUCUCCGUCAACUUCACCAUCAGCUGCUCCAUCAGCUUCUUCCUCAGCUUCCCCAUCAGCUUCUCCCUCAGCUUCUCCCAGCAACAGGCGGCCACAGGUGGAGAAACCCCGUCGCACCAGUGUCGACAAGGAGAUUAAGCAGAGUCCAGAGAGGGCCGGCAAGUCUUCUCCUCCUCCUCCGCCUCCACGAAGGUUCCAUGCUGUCAAUUCAGGUCUGACCACAGGACGGUCAGGAGAGGUGAUUGUCACCACCAGGAAAGAGCCGGUUGGAGCCCAGGAUGAGGGUGUGAAAGAGCCGCCUGUGGUUCCUCAGCCCAAACCCCUCAGACAACCACCAGAGGUGAAACCCAAACCCCAGAUGUGUGCCCCUGCACAUCUGGCUGGUUCCACCUCCACCUUUUCUACAGCCUCAGCACACAGGGAGGAAGAGGAGGAAGAGGAAGAGGAGGACAGUAAAUUCAUGAAAGAGUUGCAGGUGUUUCAGCAGAAAUGCACUGUGAGGAAUGUAGGGAGCAGAGGUGUGGCUGAACUCCCAACCUCUGAUUUUCAGAACAGAGGGAUGGAGUCUAAGGUGACUACAGAACUGUCAAAUUAUAAUGAUUUGCCAGGUGGAAAUAAGCAAUGGAAAAAAGAAGAGAGGACAUCUACCGAUAUAAAGAUUUCAGAGUUAGCAACAUCUGACCACCAGUCAGUUUCUCAGAUGGUAAUAACAGAUGGCUGCCCUCAUAAAUUCAUAACAACAGUUGGACUGGAAGGAUACACUGAAGUAAAGAAAGACAAUGUCAACCCUGAUGAGAAGGAAACAGAGGUGAAUGAGCUGAAACAGUUGCCUUCCUCAAACUGUGCAAGAGUAGAGAAGGCGUUAGUACCCCCACCUGUUGCUUUACAAGAUGUUCAGACUGUCCAGAAGAAUGAGCAGUUACCAACAACAACCCAAAAGAAAGCAGCGAAGAUGGAGAUACUUGCAGUGACAACUUCACAAAAACAAACUAAUCUUACUGUGAAAAGUUCUGAUCGGAUUAACAAGGAGGUUGUUGGACAGGUGUGCUCCCCAACCGCAGCAGAAAAGAAGGUCAAGUUAACAACAGUUGUUACUCUUCAAAAAGAAAAGAAUCAAGCUACUGACACAAGUCCUGGGCAGACAAAUGAAAACUCUGUCAAAGAGGUACCGGCUGAGAAGAAGUCCAACCUGAUGGUGGUUGUAACUCUACAAAAAGAAAACACUCCAGAGGAUUGCUUGAUAAAGAUUGAGCAGGAUAAGUCUCUGAGCUCAGACGCGGAGUGUGUAGCUUCUUCUCCUGUCCUUAAACUUUUACCCCAGAACUUUUACCCCAGGGACCAAUCACAAUACAUAGAAGAAGGAGGUACCCUGAGCCCCGAUAUUUGGGACAAUGAGGGACCUCCUCCUCCACCACCUCCAACUGGUAAAAUCAGCCUUAGAAACUCCAAGACCAGGAGUCCAAUAGUCCGGACACAGCCCAAAGAGGAAGACCUAGCCGAAAUGACUGCAGAUGGGGACAGCACCGGUAAACCCAUUUAUCUGGGUUUCCAGGACAGUGAUGACUCUGAUAACAAACCUAUUAUCAUUUUCUUGAAUGAGCCAAUGGACAUUCAAUCAGCCUACAAGCGUCUGUCUACCAUCUUUGAAUGUGAGGAAGACUUCAAUGGGAUUCUCUUCCCAGAAAAUAUUGAUGAGGAAAAGGAGACAAUGCAGGAUGAAGAGAAACAGGACAUAAGAAAAAUGUGCAUCACUGAAUCAAAUAUUGACUUGGACCUUAAAGACUCCACAGGAAAUGGUCAGAUGUCUCUAGACAUGCAACAUCAAAGAACUUCAGGGCAUAAUGGCUCAAUUUCUGAAAACCAAGACCAGGAUAAACCAGAAUCGGCUAUAAAGCCAGAUAGCAAAAGAAAAUUUAAAUUUAAGUUUCCCAGAGACAAACUGGCUGCAAUUAGCCAGGCCAUUCGAACAGGGACAACCAAAACAGGAAAGAAGACUCUUCAGGUUGUUGUCUAUGAGGAAGAGGAGGAGAUCGCAUCGGACAGAACGUCAGCUAAGACGACCAAGAAGAAGACAAAAGAAUCAAAGAGGUUUGAGACCAGCAGUACCAAACCAUUGAACUUGGGUGAAGGCAAUAGCUGUGACAGAGACAUCAAGGUCUCCUCUCCCAUUGAAACCAGACACUCAAAGUCACGUAGCCAGAGGAAGGAGCUCUGCAAAACCACGCUCGACUCUAUUGACAGUCUGGAAGAGUCCAUUAAACAGUUGGAAAUCAGUGUGGGUAGUAUGUCUGCCCCUUCCUCCCCGUCCUGCAGCACUGUGUCUUCACUUCCUCUGUCCACCGGGUCUUCUGUUGACUCCACUGACAGAGCUCAGCUUAAAGACAAAGCCAAACGAGAAAGGGAGAGAAGCCCGUCCAAGAGGCCAGCCUCUCAGAUCCUCAAGGGCCCAAAUCCACCUCAGAGUAAGAGGGCCAAAGCACAGCCUCCACACAACACUGGGAAAACCUCCACCAAGAAACAGACCUCCAGCAGCAGCGCCAGCUCUUCUGCUCAACGAUACCAUACCAAGUCUCACCCCUCGCCCUCCUCUGACUCGCCAGAGAAGACAGCUAAGGGCCAGCAGCAGGCCACCCAGAAGCAGGCGGACGGCAGAAGCAGUAGAGCAGCCGGGGAUAGUAGCCAUUCGCUCGUUGCUUUGCGUGCCUCUAAGAUCCCAGCCCCGUGCCAUAGCUCCGGCAAACCCCCGUCUGCCUGUCUGUCCACUCCUCACUGCUCAGACACCACCGAACUCUCCUCCUCCUCUUCCUCCUCUGCUUCUUCACCUUCUUCCUCCACCCCUUCUUCUGGGAAAGACUCUCUUCUGUCUCCGCCUUCAAAGUGUGCCUCCCGUCCCUCUUCUGCUUCCUCCGCCCGGCCUUCCAGACAACAGGCUUCUCUGUGUCCCCUCUCCGCUUCCUCUACGGGGAAAAACACGUCAGACUCCCCGCCUCGCUCCCCCUCUCUGUCCUCGCCUUCCUUUUCUGUCCCCGCUCCUCCUCACAAAUCUUUUAUCCCGUCUCUGAAUCUGAGUCGUCUCCUCCCCACAUCCAGCCACGUCUUGUCGCCAUCCCACGCUAGCGUCAGUCCGGCCCACCACGGGCCCGGCAGCAGCAGCAGCAGCAGACGCCAGCACCACCUGACCCUCACCGCCACCUCCAGCGCCGCCCUCGCCUCCCAGCACAGCUACUACACUUCAUCCGUCUACUCUUCAUCCUCGCCCUCCUCGUCCUCCACCUCCUCCUCUCUGUCCCCGACCUCCUCGUCCUCCUCCCCUCCCUCCCCAUCCCCAUCCCCAUCCCCCUCCUCCACUCUCCUCCCCCCCGUGGCGAGUCACGGGGCGGGGAGCGUCCGAUUGUCGGCGUCCAACCCCAACUCUCCGGUCCGCGGCAGGAAGCGCGGUGGGAGACCCGCUGGACAUGUCCUGCGCACGACGGCGGCCUCUAAGGACACGGCGUGAUGUACUCAUCUACCAUUCAGGCUUUCAAAAAUAUGUAAGUGCAGCUUACACAUGAUGACGAAAGAAGCUAAAUUGCACUUUGUUCCUACAGCAAUAUUGUGUGAUGUUUACCUUUUGCCCUUUUUGGAUGGGUUGUGGACAAAGACAUGGCUGGAAAAAAUGCACCGACCGAUACAUGGCCUGGUUAACAAUAUUGGCCGGUUUUAGCUCAUAAAUAUUUCUUUAUAUAUGUCAGAUGAUAAAUAACAAAGCGAAGCACAGGCAUACCAAAGAUAUGUUUAAAAAAAAAAAAUACAUAUUUAUUUUUUAAAAACAACUUGUGUGCCUGUGCACAGGGCCUCUGAGCCUUUAUAUAAGUGACAAUCCUUAUCAAAUGUUUUUGUUCAUGU